GGUUGCUCAGGGUGAACGAAGUGAACACAGCAUUGCAUCAAAAAAGAAACCCUUCUUACCCUCAUUAACCCUGUCUCCCCUUUCCCUCAUACAUGGCGUCCAGUGCUAAUAUAGACAUUGAGGGUGCUACUCAGCAUCUUCGGGACAUCCUGAAGCUCGACCGUCCCGGGAACGGCACCGAUGCACAAUCAAGUGAUGGUCUGAAAAUGCCAUCAUUUAAUGGAGAGCUGAAUGGUUUAUUGGGAGCAGCAGGCCUUCUAGGAGGCCCUGAUCGGUCAACCCUGUCAGAUUCUACCAGACCCAUCUCCACAGACCUCAGCACCACACAGGAGGUUCAGAUCAUCUGCCUUUCUGGUGAUGAUGGCUCCACCUCGAUCCCUAUCACCUCCAACAAUGUGGAGAUUGUGGCAAGUCAGGAUUCCGCCAUCAACAGCAAGGCCCGUGGCAGCAACAAGGUGAAGAUUCAACCUGUUGCCAAGUAUGACUGGGAACACAAGUAUUAUUAUGGAAGACUGAUCGCUGUCUCCAACUCCUUCGUAGCCUAUGCCAUCAGAGGAGCCAACAACCAUGCAAUGAUCCGCGUCCUGAGUGUGGGUACUGCUGAGCGCUCUCUACUGAAGGGCUUCACUGGAGCAGUCACAGAUCUGGCUUUUGCCCAUCUGGACUCAUCUCUGCUGGGUUGUGUAGAUGAAGCAGGCAACCUGAUGGUCUGGCAGCUCACUUGCACUGGAAGCAAAAUACUUGACCAGGUGGUGGUUCAUAUUCGACGGCCGGAGGACACUCCAUUAAACUCCCACCGCCGCCUCAUAUGGUGCCCGUUCAUACAGGAAGAGAAUGAAGAGAACCAGGAUGACACCAGCCAGACCUUAGCCCUUUUACAUGAAGACAGGGCGGAAGUUUGGGAUCUGGAAGUCUUAAAAGCCAACAACAGCAGUUGGCCCAUUGAUGCCGCAGACCUUAAAGACGGCCUCAUCACAGUAAAAGGGCAUACCCAGCGAGUCAGUGAAGGGGCCUUGUCUCCUGAUGGAACCGUGUUGGCUACAGCCAGCCAUGAUGGAUACAUAAAGUUCUGGCAGAUAUACAUAGAGGGGACACAAGACCAGCCAAGAUUAAAAAACAAAGAAAAAUCUUUGUUCCACAGAUGUCUUCAUGAGUUGCGGCCUCAUGGAGGACGCCCCCUCUCCUGCCUUCUCUUUUGUGACAACCACAAGAGACAGGACCCUGAGGUUCCUUUCUGGCGGUUCCUGAUAACUGGGGCAGAUCAGAACCAGGAGUUAAAAAUGUGGUGCACCGUGUCUUGGACUUGUUUACAGACCAUCAGAUUUUCCCCAGAUCUGUUCAACUCAUCAGUUCUGCCAGGUCUCAAGGCCAGUCUCGACCUCUCUGCUGAGUAUCUCAUCCUCACUGAUGUACAGAGGAAGGUUUUGUAUGUAAUGGAGCUGAGACAGGACCUAGAGAAAGGCAAGGCCACUUUCACAGCCGUGUCAGAGUUUCUGCUGACCCACCCUGUGCUUAGCUUCGGGGUCCGAGAUGUUGCGCAAAGCCGAUUGCGGCACACUGAGGUCCUCCCUGCAGAGGAGGAGAGUGAGAGCCUGACAACAGAGGGCAUUCCUGGACCUACGGAGUCAAAAUCGGGAAUCCAAAUUAAACUCUACUGUGUUCACACCAAGAGUCUGCAGGAUGUCCAGAUUUGGUUUCAACCCAACUUGGAUUACAGCUCCACAGUCUUCCUGCCUCAUUCUGAUUCUCAGGAUGGCUUUGGGUUUUCAGAACAUCUAACUGACCAGAGCUCUGACAAGGAAUCAGACGGUGGCUCACAGACUGACCUGAGAAAGAUCCCAUCACUCCCCGCUCCUGCUGACUUCUUGUCAAACUCGGGUAACAGCAGUGUGACAAUGCACAAGCUGAUGACUCCUGAUGCCUUCAUGACACCCAGCACUUCAGUACCAGCAUCCCCCGGCAGCAGUGCGAGCAGUCUCACAAUCGUGACGGCUAUCAGCAGCAAUUCUGACUCAACCAACAGAGCUAUUGAUGAUGUCAGUCAGAGUCCUAACAGAGCUGAUAACAACGGCAGCAAUAGUCUGGCACUCUCGACCUCCGCCAACAGCCCAAAAGCUGCAUCUGCUGUGCUGCUGCCUGGACUGGAGAAUUUACAGGCUUUGGUUCCCCUUAGUGGUUCUAUGGCAUUUGACAGCCCUCAGGUUCUGGACUCUCCCCUCUUGCCACCUCUGGCCUCCCCGACCAGGGCUCGCUCCCCUGAUGUCAUCUCUUCAGCCUCAACAGUCAUGUCACAGGACAUGCCUGAGAUUGCAUCCCAGACGCUGCAGCUUCAGCGUGGACUGGUGUCCAGCUUGGAAUCCUCACCUCUCUCGGCCCUACAGACAGACAGCAUGGCCUCUGCUGCAUCUGCCCUGCACCUACUCACCUCACCACGCACAGGCAACAAUAACAGCCUGUUGCCCCGAGAGCUUGGUGGUGGAGACGGGCCAGUGGGCGGGUUAAUGGAGUCAGAACCAAGACUCAGCCACACUCCAUCUCUACUCGAGAAUGCUUUAUCCCAGGAGAAUGCUGGGGCUGGAGUAGGAUCAGCAGAUGGUAGUAUAAGCCACACACCGUGGCCUGCCGCACCUGACAUCACCAGGGAAACCAGAAACAGCCUCAGGGACAAUGGUCUUGGAGACUGUUCAAGAGAUCAAGAAUCAAAAGACAGACAUUUGAGCUCACCUUAUCAUCGACGCUCCUAUCACCUCACACACAAUGACAGUCUGGAUGCCGGCCCUGAGCAGAGUGACCCUGAUGAUGAGGUAGCCAGCUUUGCGUCAUCCUCAGGGAAUCGCUCUUCUCACAGACUUCCUGUUAAGGACUGGAAGAGCUCACCACGAGGCUCGCCAAAACCAAAGAGGAAGACCAAGAAAGAUGACAGUGAUUCACCUAAGUCCAGGCAAAUGGAUUCUAGCCAGGUGAAUGCAGAAGUACAGGACGAGUUAUUGAUGCUCCUGCGUGGCCAGCAAAGGGAGUUAACUGAACUGCGUGGACAAAUUGAAGCAAUGCAGAGCUCGAUUAUGGCCCAGGUAGAGCAUGUCCUGACCACCCACCAGGAACAAGAACAGCGCAGACUAGAGCGAGUUCUGGCAGAGAAUCAGAAUCAUCAGCAGCAGCUUCAGGAACAACUCAGCCAGCAUGUCAGCCAUGCCCUCAGCUCAGCACUGACCAACAGAAUGGACAAAGUACUACGAGAGGAAAUGAAGAAAACAGUCCCACAAACAAUUUCUAAGAGUCUGGAGCCAGUGACCGGUCAGCUUAGCAAUACAAUUGCUGCUAAGCUCACUGCUGUCGAGGUCAGCCUAAAGGAAAAUGUCAGCAAGGUGGUCAAAUCCAAGAACACAACAGAUGCAAUUGGUCGAGCUGCAGCUGAAGCCAUGCAGGGGCCCAUACAGGCCGCCUAUAAAGACGCCUUCCAGAGCAUCGUGCUGCCUGUCUUUGAAAGAGGUUGCCAGUCCAUGUUUCAACAAAUCAACGACAGCUUCAAACAAGGCACACAAGAAUACAUCCAACAGCUUGAGAGCCAUAUGAAGAGCAGAAAGCAGAGAGAGCAGGAGACAAGAGACCCUGUGAUUGGCCAACUCCAGCAGAUGAUGGAUAGCUUCCAAAGCUCCAAUGAUCAGCUGACCAAUACCAUCACAGCUAACGUCCGGGCAGAGGUCCAGCACCAGACCCAGAUGAUGGUGGGAAAUUUGCAGGAGUCCAUUCUUAGCCAUGUGCAGCGGAUUGUCAAAGGGGAAGUGAGCCUGGCAAUGAAAGAGCAGCAGGCAGUGGUAACCUCUAGCAUCAUGCAGGCAAUGAGGUCAGCCGCCGGCACACCCGUCCCAACAGCGCAUCUCGACUACCAGACACAGCAGGCCAACAUCCUGCAGCUCCUCCAGCAGGGCCAGCUCAACCAGGCUUUCCAGCAGGCUCUGUCAGCGACGGAUCUGAACUUGGUCUUAUAUGUAUGUGAGACCAUUGACUCUCAGCAGGUGUUUGGGCAGCACCCCUGUCCUCUGAGCCAGCCCGUGCUGCUGUCACUCAUCCAGCAGCUUUCCUCCAAUCUAUCAACCCGCUCUGAGCUCAAAAUCAGCUACCUGGAGGAUGCAGUGAUGAAUCUAGACCAUGGCGACCCCAUGACAAGAGACCACAUGGCGAUUGUGUUGGCCCAAGUUAGACCGAAGGUCUUUGCGUUCAUGCAACAGGACCCCCACAGCCCACUCAGCAAGAGGGCUCGGCGCCUAAUGAUGAUGCUCCAGGGACUUGUCAACCACUAAUCCUUCAAGAAGUUGGGUGCAGAAGAGUUGUCUCUUCAUAGUGUAAAAUCACAAGCCUAUAAUUUUUUUUUUUGCAAAUGUUGAAGAGGAGAAAGCAACUAGGACAAUUUAAGACACUUAUUUCUUGGCUGUUGAGGAUGGGAUUCGCAUUGGUUUAAGGUGGAAGAUGAGACUUCCUGAAUGACAGUUGGUUCCUCCCACUUACAAAAAAGAAAGUUUCCUCCCGUCUUCUUGACGACCUUAAAUCAUGCUCUUUCUCCCCAGUUCCAUUUAUCUCCCUGCUGGACCUGCAUCAGCCAAGUACCAAGCUAUUUAAUAGAAACAGCUUUUGUUGGACUCCCUUUUUUUGGUGGAUACUUUUCAAAGACAAGAAUGCUCUGGACUAGACUCUCGAGUUAACCUUAGAUACUUUAGAGGGAUUCAGGUUGAUCCUCAUUUAGUCUCACAGACAACAGCCACACAGAUAACCUGUUCCUCAUCCACAUCUCUGACACACAUCACAACUGGCAUUUCUUGUAUGUCUAUUCAACCAAAUGCGCAUAAACUGAAAGAAUGUUGGGCUGAGUGGUCUACAAGAUCAAGCAUUGUUCUUUUUUUUUUUUUCUUUUUUUUUUUGUUCUUCUGACCAAUCUUAAAAACCAUGUUAAGUUUUGGUAUAUAGAUUCUAAUAUAGGUUUUUGUUCUGGGCAAGAGAAGGGAGAAAUGUCAACAUAAGACUUCACAAAAUGUACCUUGUAUCUUUGCAGCAAGCUUUGGACACCUUUUUUUUUCAUUACUGACCAGCAUCCUAACUAUCUUGGAAUUUGGUUGCUGUAGGAAAACGCUCUCCUAUUUUUUUCUUUUUUUUUCCAACCAAGCUAAUCCCUGCAACUGACAGUACAUGCAUCCUUCCCUUUAAGUUAUUUCUCAACUGAGAAACAACUGAAUUUUUCUGACUAUUUCUCAACCUUCAAGGUUGAAGACAGCAUUCUGUCCAAACCAAAUCUUCUUUGAAUCAUUUAUACUGAAACAUAACUUGAUUUGUUCCUGUUUUGGAAGUAUUUGGGUUGAAAAGCAUAUCUUGUUAUACUUUUUCCAUCUAGCCUUGUUUCAUAAAAUUAUACAGUUUCUUAAUGAAACACAUAUAACAGGACCAGAAAUAACAAUUUGAAAUGCAACACAUAUUUGCAAAGAGUCUGAGAAGGAUUCCCUGGUCAAAUCUUAAGGUGCCCUAAUAAAUGUUGGCAGCCGUCCUUGUGUACAGCCCUGUAUAUUAAUCAGACUUCUCUCAUGUCUUCUUCUCUAUGUGAGUCUCCUUCUUUUUUUUUUUUUUAUCAAAACAUUUAGUAUUUGUAAGACUUGUAUACUUGCUUUCACAGUUGUCAAACUAGUUAUGAAACAUAAUUAAACACUUCCUAAAUAUAAUUGUUACUGAUUAUGCUACUUUAUUUGAAAGUUCCAAAUAAUGUUUGUAAACUGGAUGUGCAGUUCCUUCUCUUGAGCUGUAGGAGGCAGCACUUGGACUGCAGCUAUUUACCCUUACAUUUUGAAUUCAGAAGUCAUUCCUGCUCAAAUAGCAUCUGUUAUAUGAACCAUUGCAAAGCUGCCUUUAGGAUUUAGGUGCACUGUUUGAUCAUGUGUGUACGGCUCAUUUACACACAUGGUUAUACUGCAGGGUGGUCACACUGAUUCGCUGAUUGUAAAACUAAAGUUCUGUUAAUUUGACCUGUCUUUAGAAGUAUGUUAAGUCGGAUGUGUCUAGCAAGUGCCUUAUUGUACUCUACAUGUCUUACUUUGAUAGUUAGAGCAGUCCCAUAGAACUUGAUUUUUGUCAUUCAGAGGUUAUAGAGGGUGGUUUUCAUCUACAGAAGAGGAGAUUCUGUAUUAUCCGUUUGCAAACAUUUGACUACAAAGACAGUUGAUUAAGACUGCUAUUUUGAAUGCUCACAAAUAAGAGAGAUAAAUAUUAUGUUGACUAUUAGCACCCUGGUCUUUCAGUUGCACUCCCAGGUUUGUUGUCCUCUGAGUGGGAGCUGUGUAAGAGACAUUAAUGAGGCUAGUGUGUAAAUUCCUUUAUCUCCUCCCAUUGUGUUCUGUUCCCUCUGCUUGGAUGGUUCUGUUGUAUCUUUUACAGUUUAUUUUACCCUAAAACAUUUUUGGAAUAAAAAAAAAAAAGACUUG